GGGGAAUCGUGACUUGGUCAUGUGAGAGCGUCUCGAACGUGUGCCUUGUUACUCGCCAAUGUCUGUGCAUUGGCCCGGGUUGCCUGGUCCCACUCAACACAUGCGACUACAACAAUUGUGGAAGCUGAACAGGAAACUGCAUAUAUCUUCGCACUAGCCCUAUCACAGCUAGUCUGAGAAACCGAGUGCUCUCCGGUGUACACACGGAACAAGCGUGACAUUCCCAAAAGCAUACAAACUGCGAGUCCCGAGUGAGAGGCCAAGCCUGGGCGCGAUUCCCACUUUCGGUGACAGCCAGAAGCCUUCCGUUCCUUGCCACACGCUCGGAGGAUCAGAUUAGCGGUUGCUAAUAGGUCGAGGUACCACGGUAACCUCGAACACAAUGGCCUGUGAAUUAUACCCGAGAUUCGAGAUUGCACCCGACGUUUUAACCCGCAGAGUGGUCGGAUCCUGUUGGAACAGUCAAUGAGAGCACGUUUUUCC